AUGAGUUCCUCAAUAACAAUAAGAUGCGCCGGCCGGUUGACACCGCGCCUACUUCCGGGAUCUCAAGCCGUCCGUCUUAGACCUCGCCAAUUAGUCGCACCCAGGAGCUUCCAGCCUAAGACAACCCCUUAUCUUUCUCAAAGCCAACACUUCUUCUUCUCAAGUCUCCCACAAAGACAAUCCCAAGGCGCUCAGACAACCCCACCACCACCACCAUCAUCAUCAACCAACGGCCCGCAGCCACAGCAAGGCCGUCCAAGCAACUGGCGACCAUGGAUCCUGUUCAACCUGGCCGGCCUCGCGGGCGCAUUCCUAGUCGCCGCCGUGCUCAAGAGCAAGAACGCGCAGGGCGGCGCCAUGAACAUGACGUCCUUCAGCCCCUUCACCAUCACUUCCAAGGAGCAAGUGUCUCCUACGGUAUUCGUGCUUAGCGUUCGCGCCGACCAAGGCGGAGGCAGCGGAGGAGGAGGAGGAGGGAGUAAGUCGUUGCUGCUGCAGAGGGCUUGGGACCACGGUCUUUGGUCCGUCGAGGUCAAGCAGCCGCAGCUGCAGAUCGCGAGGCAUUAUACGCCCUUGCCGCCUUUGGCUGGGGAGGCUGUUGCUAGGGGUAGCGGGGGUGCUGGUAGUGGGGAAGGGGAAGCGGGAAGGGAAGGACAGGGGGAAGAGCUAAGGUUCCUGAUCCGCAAGGUCGAUGGCGGCGAGAUGUCGACGUACCUGUCGAAGCUGCAGGUCGGCGAGAAAGUCUGGCUGCGGGGCCCGCAUCUCGGGUUCGAUGUCGAGCGGAGACUGGGCGAUGUUGGCAGACAUGUCGUGUUCCUCGCGGGAGGUACGGGAAUCGCGCCUGCGCUGCAGGUUGCGCGGAAGGUGUUGGAUGGUCACAGCGCGGAGGCCGAGACGGCGGGCGAGCGGAAAGGGGACAAGCCUACCGUCUCGAUCCUAUGGGCGAACCGGCACGCUGCCGAUGCGCUAGGUCGACAACAGCAAAAUCCGCCAGGCUCCGGUGCCGGGAAGGGAUCAAGCUGGUUUUCGCGCAGCGCAGCCCCGACGACGCCAUCAGACGCACCUAGCGAACAACAACCAACCCAAAUCCCAGCCGAGUCCACCCUCGCGCACCAAAUCCGCGAGCUACAAGCCAAACACCCCGACCACUUCCGCAUCUCGUACUUCGUCGACGAAGAGCGACGAUUCAUCGAAGAGCGGGACCUGCGCCUCGCCCUCGCAAACCCUUCUCCCGCCCCCAGCGCUGCUGCUGCUGCUGCUGUUCCUCCUACUCCCCCUUCCAUGUCGUGCACAUGGCACUCGCCGAAGCAGCUCGUCAUCCUUCCCGACGACAACGACCUGGGCCGGUUCUCGAUGCCGUGCGCGUGCGUGAAAGAUACCAACACCAACACCAAUACCAAAAACAACAAAAACAACAAUAGUAAUAACAAUAGGAAUGGCAAAUCCCCCUCCUCCGUCCAACCCGGGGCAGGCGCGGACCUGAUCUGCGUGUCCGGGCCAGACGGCUUCGUGGCGGCGUACGCGGGGCCGAAGCGCUGGUUCGGGGGGACGGAGAGGCAGGGGCCGGUGCGGGGGGUGCUGGAGCAGGUGGUGCAGGACGGUAAGGUGAAGGCGGGCGAGGGAGAGGGAGAGGAGAAGCAGAAUUGGCUUGUUCUGAAGUUGUAG